UACUGGGAGUUACAAGAGACUCAGAAAGGAGUGAGAUCUCAAAGUCAUACAGACAGCUGGCUAAAAAAUGGCAUCCGGACAGGCACAAAAAGCAGGAGGACAAGGAAAAGGCAUCCGAAAUGUUCCAGAAGAUAGCAACUGCCUACGAGAUCCUCAAAGAUGACGAGCAAAGAAGUGAUUAUGACUACAUGUUGGACAAUCCAGAUGAGUACUAUGCUCAUUAUUACUACUACUAUCGCCGGCAAAUGGCACCCAAGGUGGACGUACGCAUUGUCAUCGCAGUCGCCAUAACUGUCAUUUCGGUGAUUCAGUAUUUGGGAGGUCUUAGCAACUACAACUCUGCCCUAAACUAUCUGUGCAAAGACCAGAAGUACCGGAUGCGAGCCAUGGACAUUGCACGGACGGAGGGCUUGCUAAAUAACAACAAAAAGAAAAACAGAAAAGGAAAGGAAGAAGCCAAAGAAGAGGAGGAGGCGAUGAUACGCAAAAUCAUCGAGGAGAACAUGGACAUCCGGGGCGGGUACCGCAAGCCCAAGGUGACGGACGUGCUAUGGGUGCAGCUGGUGCUGCUCCCGUACUGGCUGUACAAGUACGUGGUGUGGUGGCUGCGCUGGGUCUACAAGUUCAACAUCAAAGGAGAAGAGUACGGGGUGGAGGAGAAGUUUCACAUCAUACGCAAGUUCCUGGGGUUGGGCCAGGCGCAGUGGGAGAGUGUGACGGAGGAGGAUAAAGCUGAAUAUAUGGACCAUGAACUUUGGAUAAAAGAAAAUUUUACGGUUUGGAAAGAAGAAAAGGAGGAGGAAAUGAAGCGAAAACUUGCGGAGAACAAUAGAUACAAAAUGUACAGGAGGUACAUGAAGAAAGGUGGAGCCGGGCAGAUGACUUUUGGCCCCGAAUAACAAAUUUGGCUUGGAGACACUGUCGUAGAUUUGAGCUGAAGUAGCUCAGCAUUUAUUACUCUUGGUAUCAUUUAUGAAGAAAUGGAAGCAUAUCUCUCUCGUACGAGUCACCAUGUCUUGUCUCUACACCUUGCCAUUCUGUAGUAUGCUGAAAGAUCUUUAAAGGAUUUGAGACUUGGGUGGUUCAUGGAUGCUCUGGUGUGGUUUGCAGAUGCUCUGAUGUGGUUUGCUCUUUCU